GCACUCUUUUCUCUAGCUUCUGACUAUACGCACACUGACUUCAGAAUUGUCAGCCAAUUUUUCUGGUUUCAAAUCACAUAAAAUUUUUUGAGGAAAUUCUAUGACUUGGGUUGUCUGUGGUACCCAUUGUAUUCCUUUCGCUCGCACGUGAUUGGUUGGGUUGAUAUCGGCGAUCGGAUGUUUCGGAUAAAAGCACAAACAACCAGGCAAACAACAGUAUGGCGUGCCUGAACCUUGUCAAUACGGCAACGUUUGGUAGAUUUUUCACCCUUAGACUCUUUAACAGACCAUUUGCUCACAGGCAUAUAAAAUCUUUACAGUAUGGUCUCCUAGGAUCAUGCAGAACGCUCUGUGUCAGUUCGACUGGUGUGGAAAAGCUGACACAGAGCUAUAGCCAUGGACUUGCCAGUCACCCUCUCAUCGGAGACACUGUCGGCCAGAGGCUGGAUAAAGUGGCAGAAAGAUUUCCAAACAGAGAGGCUUAUGUGUGCUAUGAGGAUAAGGAGAGAGCUACGUUUGCUGAACUAAGAGAGGAGGCUGAUCAGUUAGCAGCAAGUCUUCUGUCUCUUGGUAUCAAGAGAGGAGAUCGUGUUGGCAUAUGGGGGCCAAACAUGAGAGAGUGGGUUAUCUCACAGUUUGGCACUGCAAGGAUUGGAGUAAUUCUGGUCAAUGUCAACCCUGCUUACCAAGCACCUGAAGCUGAAUAUGCCCUGAAAAAGGUUGGAUGUAAGGGGCUGAUCAUGGCGGACACACACAAGACACAGGACUACUAUAACAUGAUGACACACAUAGCACAUGAGCUGUCAGACUCCUCACCUGGCGAACUCUACAGUAACAGGGUUCCAGAUCUUAGAGUGCUUGUUGUUACCACAAAAGACAAAAACAAAAAAUAUGGAGGUGCAUUCACAUUUGAUGAAUUCAUGAAAAUUGGUGGAGAACACGAGAGGCAACAAAUUCGUAAUAUGCAGAUGGCACUACAGUCAGAUGACCCAAUUAAUAUACAAUUUACCUCCGGCACCACAGGAAACCCAAAAGGAGUAACUCUGACUCAUCACGGGAUUCUGAAUAAUGCUGCUUCUGUUGGAGACAUUCUCAAUUAUGCCGAGUACACACGUGUUUGUAUCCCUGUCCCCCUCUACCAUUGCUUUGGGAUGGUACUUGGAAGCUUUGCAUGUGUCACGCAUGGAAUUACUGCUGUCUACCCAUCUCGAGGGUUUGAUGCUGGCCUCGCAUUAGAUGCAGUACAGAACGAAAAGUGUAAUUCUCUUUAUGGCACACCCACCAUGUUUAUAGACAUGUUGAACCACCCCAAAUUUGAACAGUAUGAUGUAACCAGCUUGCGAACAGGUAUCAUGGCUGGCGCUCCGUGUCCUGUUGAGGUCAUGAAGAAAAUAAUCACUACAUUCCACAUGCCGGAGAUGACAAUAGCAUAUGGGUUAACAGAAACCAGUCCUGUUACCAACCAGACCAGGCGAGACGUCCCAGUAGAUUUGCGCGUUUCUACCGUUGGUACAAUGGCCCCGAAUGUUGAGGCCAAAAUCAUAGACAGUGAACAUGGGAAUGUAGUGCCGAUCAACACUCCUGGCGAAAUCUGUUUCCGUGGCUACAAUGUUAUGCAGGGCUACUGGGAUGAUUAUGAAAAAACAGACGCUGCCAUAGACUCCAAUGGCUGGUUCCACUCCGGGGAUUUAGCGACUAUGGACGAAAACGGUUUUGUUAAAAUAAUUGGAAGAAUUAAGGAUGUGAUUAUUAGAGGCGGAGAGAAUAUAUAUCCCACGGAAGUGGAACAAUUUUUGUACAAACACCCCAAGAUACAAGAUGUUCAGAUUAUCGGUAUUCCUGACGAGCGAUUAGGAGAGGAGGUCUGUGCAUGUAUCAGAUUACACCCAGGCGAGAGCUCAUCUCCAGAGGAAAUAAAAGAAUUUUGUAAAGGACAGAUUGCGCAUUUUAAGAUCCCGAAAUAUAUCAAGUUCACUGAGGAGUAUCCUCUUACUAUCUCAGGAAAGGUGCGCAAGUUCGUGAUGCGGGAACAGAUGAUUCACGAGCUAGGCCUAUGACGAUGGAUAGGCAAUCAGAUAAGAUCGAUAUACUGUACGCAAUAACCCCAUUCAACAGCAGACUCAGGCUGGUUUUCACGCGGCAAAAAGCAUAAACAUAAACAUAAACGCAAAAAUGUGUGAGAGCGCGGAGUGUAAAUAAUAAGCACGAAGCAUGCCUACAGGCAAAAAGCGCAAAACAGCACGUUGAUGUUACUUUUUCCUUUGAUUAUAAUCGUUUAUGUCAGUGCUCUUUUCGCGCGUGCUUAUGCGCAUAUGCUGCUUUGAAAAAGCCCCAGGGGGCCCGGCACCCCCUUCUAGCAGCCAAAAAUACAGUAAAUGUACGAGACUUCAGGUCAGUACACAGGAUUUUUUCUUGUGGGGUGCGGAAUCCGAAAAAGUAGACCUAAUUUUUCCGUGAGGGGGGGGGGGGGGGUGGGUCAUUUGCACCCCUGCCCCCCCCCCCCCCCCCGUACGGGCCUGGACAUUAUCUUAAACACAGGAGACAAUGCCUUGAAAGGGCCUUUUGGCCCCCCUCCUGUUAAAAAUUACGCCACUCAGAAGUCGCCAAAAUUGCACUAAGGGAGCAGGGUGGUUGUUAUCAUUGAGCUAGUUUGGGAUCCCACAAAUUUAAAACAUUUAAAUUAUAGAAAAAAGGGUGUAUAAUAAAUCUCAUCCAGUCUGUGAAA